GACAGCAUCUGCACUAUACUACGUACAAACUGAUGGAAAGUCGAUAGACGAGGAGUAAUCUCUUAUUUCUAGUCCGAUACUGUACAUUAAGACCAUUUAUUCUUGGCACAUUCGGUUUUUUAACUAUCAACUCAACUCAACAUGUAAGCGCUGCUGGUACCCAGACAUACCCGACGAUUCAUCUUGUGGUGUUUUAACUGUUGCCAACAUGAUUCCGCCAGCGAACAUGAUUCAGGACGACAUGAUGAGCAAGGAGAACGAAAGGGAGCUGCGUGAGCCUCAGUCCCCCACAUUCAUCAGCCAGCAGGAGUCCAAGUUGCAGAGGUUAAAGCGUUCACUGUCCUUCAAGACCAAAAGUCUUCGCAGCAAAAGUGCUGAUAAUUUUUUCCAACGGCCCAUCGAGAAUGCAAAGUUUCAAAGCGACCUACUCUCUGAUGUCAGCAGCAGCACGGGUCACCUGAGCACCAUUGGCGUGUCCGUCUCAGCCCCUCCAGCGAUGUCCCUUCCUCCAUCCCCCCCUCCGCUGCCCCCUGUGAUCCCGGGCAACCUGCCCAUCACAAUAUGUUCUCCAUCCCGUGCCCCCCGCCAGACAGACCCUAACGCACACACCUUUCUAGAGCACAUCUUCAAGAAGCCCCACUUUUGUGAUGUCUGCAACCACAUGAUUGUAGCUUGCCAAGGUGGAGCAGGCAAGGUGUUUGGCACCAAUGCUAAGCUGGGCCUCCGGUGCAAAGCCUGCAAGAUGGGUAUCCACCAUAAGUGCCUGGAUGGAGUUGGACAGCAGAGAUGCAUGGGGAAACUGCCCAAAGGUUUUCAAAGAUAUUCAAGCUCCCCUAUGCUAAUUCAGGAACAGUUUGGCUGCAUCAGGGAGGUUAUGCCCAUUGCCUGUGGCAGUAAAGUUGACCCAGUUUAUGAGACACUGAGAUUUGGAACCUCUCUGGCACAAAAGACUAAGCGGACCAGUGGAUCGGAGUCGCCACAGAGAAACUCAACCAGUGAUGUAGCUCAGGUACCAGAAGAGAAGUCCACCCAAAGCAGCAGAGCUCAACUCGUCAGGAAGCCCAGUGACAAUGUUUUUAUGCCUUUGGAGAAUGGAACAGAACAUUUUCAUGUUGCUGAGAGGAAAUCAGAAGGCUCGCCGUCAAACAGAGAGUUGAAGAGGGCCCCCCUGCAGCUCAAUACUUAUGUGGCUUUGUUCAGAUUUACCCCACAAGACAGCCAAGACCUGGAAAUGAGACCUGGAGAUCGAAUAAUCCUGGCAGAUGAUUCCAAUGAUGAUUGGUGGAAGGGUAUAAUCGAGGAUAGGAUAGGUUAUUUCCCAGCAUCCUUUGCGCAUCAGGUGAAGGUGGGCGACAGGGUAUUUAGAUGUAAUCGAACCUUUAUUGGGUGUAAGGAACAAGGGCAGAUCACCUUGAAAGAGGGGCAAAUUUGUGUCAGCAGUGAGGAGGAACACAAUGGCUUCAUCAGAGUAGACAGUGGGAAAAAGAGAGGAUUCGUGCCCUGUGACGUCCUGGAGAAUAUAUGAAGUGAAAGAUUAGAGAGAAGUGAGUCGUGGAAGAAUAUAUGAAGUGAAAGAUUAGAGAGAAGAGAAGUGAGUCGUGGAAGAAGGCUGAUGGCUCAAGCACUGCCUCUGUGAAUAUUUGAAUGAACUACAAGGCCACCUGAAAGUACAGGGAUGAUCUGUGUAUGGUGAGCAGACACUGAAGGGGUCUCAGGAGGGAUCAGAACACCGACAAAUGAAGGACAGAUGUGUUUCUCAUUAAUUGCUGAAUGUAUGUGUCAUUUGGUAAUUUUCCUUGUUCGAGAGAAUUAUGUGUUUUCUGUUUUUAAUUUAUUGAAUGUUAGGUCAUUAACUGCAGCAGUUUUCGCUACCUGUAAAAAUGUUCACUAUAGCAUCAUAAGUCACUUUGGCCUGCUUUGAGGUAUCUUUAUUGUUAAAGGUGAAGUGUGUAAUUUCUCCACCAUUAGUGUCACCAAACAGAAUAAUUAAUUAAAAAAUAAUCAAGUGAUUCCGGAACACUUCCUCUGUCUACUGUUGGUCGAACUAACAGAAAGACCUGUACCAAACUUAUGCCAUUUGAUUGAGCCAAUGUUGCUGUGUUGGGCUGGUCGGGAUGCUCAUUCAAAGCAAUGUUUUGAUAGCGCCACAGUGUUUACACUUUUCGAGGAAGUAAACCUUAAAAUGGCUUAUUUCUAAUUGUCUCUCCAUUUAAACUGGGAUAAAAAAACAUUGGAAAAUUACAUACUUCAACUUUAAAGAAAUAAACAGUAUUUUAUGCUUCAAGUAUUUUCAUAAAAUCCAUUACAUGUCUGAUUCUUUUUAUGUAAUAUGUUUUGUUAAGAAAUGUUGUUUUUCAAUGGUAAAAUAAUUUUGCUGCUGUCAGUGACACACAAAUUUGAAUUUGACAGUUUUGUUUAAUCUGCAGUACACAAAGCGCUGUGAUCCACCUGUGCUUUAUAAAAGUAGAGCAGAAUGUGAUGAAAACAACUCAUUCACAGAGAACUGAUCGUAUUUCAAUUCCGUUCAGAUUCUUUAAGAGUUUUUUCACAUGGUACUUCAGAAAUCAAAGGCUUCUAAAAAAAACAACAACAAAAAAACCUUUGAACAAACUCAUCCUUGGGUAUGAAAAAACAAUGGGGAUUAAAGGAGAAUCAAAGAACAUGCCAGGUCUGUAAGAAAGAUCUCUUCAUGUUAUAAAUGUCCUGCACAGCUGUCUUUAUUUCUUAAACUUAUGAUAUGUGUUACAUGUCAUCCGUACUGAUUAUCUUUAUGAUUAAGUAAACACAAAGCAUUAUAUUGUUUAAUUUUAGGGAUGAAAAAUACCAUUUUGAUGUUCAAAUUUUGAAUAUUAAAAACUAAAUGAAGCAGAGAUACGUAGAUAUUUGCUGCACUGGUAAGGCAGAUAUGAAUGAAGAACAUAAAGUCAUUAAAGUUAAGAUUUUAGGUUUAAUUAUUUAUUUAUUUGGGACAAGUCAUGGAAGUACUAGUCAUCACGAAUUGUCCGUUCUAAAUGAUACAUAAUCUCUGUCUCUUGGUAAGAUGUCUUGUUGAGCCGUUUCUACAUAAUUUAACUCAUCAUCAUGUCUAGUCUUUUGAUAAUAUUUCAGUUUGAGCUAAAUGAUGUUGGCUGAAUGUACAGUCUCAAUGACGAUAUUAUGAUAUUGUUUAUAUACUUUCUGUACAGAA